CAUAGAAAAGGUUUUUGCAUCAUGUUUGGAAAGAAAAAGAAAAAGAUUGAAAUAUCUGGCCCAUCCAACUUUGAACACAGGGUUCAUACUGGGUUUGAUCCACAAGAACAGAAAUUUACCGGCCUCCCCCAGCAGUGGCACAGCCUGUUAGCAGAUACAGCCAACAGGCCGAAGCCCAUGGUAGACCCUUCGUGCAUCACGCCCAUCCAACUGGCUCCCAUGAAGACAAUCGUUAGAGGAAACAAACCCUGCAAGGAAACCUCCAUCAACGGCCUGCUAGAGGAUUUCGACAACAUCUCUGUGACGCGCUCCAACUCCCUAAGGAAAGAAAGCCCACCCACCCCGGAUCAGGGAGCCUCCAGCCACGGUCCGCGCCAUUCGGAGGAAAAUGGCUUCAUCACCUUCUCACAAUAUUCCAGUGAGUCUGAUACUACUACUGACUACACCACCGAGAAGUACAGAGAAAAGAGUCCCUACGGAGACGACUUGGAUCCGUAUUAUAAAGGCAGCCACGCGGCCAAGCAAAAUGGGCACGUAAUGAAAAUGAAACACGGGGAGGCCUACUAUUCUGACAUGAAGCCUUUGAAAUCCGAUAUUUCCAGAUUUCCUGUCGAUUAUCACACACACUUGGACUCCCUGAGCAAACCAAGUGAAUACAGUGACCUCAAGUGGGAAUAUCAGAGAGCCUCAAGUAGCUCCCCGCUGGACUACCGAGACCCGUUCCAAUUCACUCCGUCUAGAACUGCAGGGACCAGCGGGUGCUCGAAAGAAAGCCUGGCGUACAGCGAAAGUGAAUGGGGACCCUGCCUGGAUGACUAUGACAGGAGGCCAAAGUCGUCGUACCUGCAUCAGACCAGCCCUCAGCCGGCCAUGCGGCAAAGGUCCAGGUCAGGCUCAGGGCUCCAGGAGCCCAUGACGCCGUUUGGAGCAAGUGCAUUUAAGACCCACCCCCAAGGACACUCGUACAACUCCUACACCUACCCUCGCUUGUCCGAGCCCACAACGUGCAUUUCAAAGGUGGAUUACGACCGAGCACAGAUGGUCCUCAGCCCUCCACUGUCCGGGUCUGACACCUACCCCAGGGGCCCUGCCAAACUACCUCAAAGUCAAAGCAAAGAAGGCUACUCCCCAAGCAGCCACCAGUACCCGUCUGGGUACCACAAAGCCACUCUGUACCACCACCCGUCUCUGCACACCAGUUCCCAGUACAUCUCCACAGCUUCUUACCUGAGCUCCCUUAGUAUCUCGUCCAGCACCUACCCCCCACCCAGCUGGAGCUCCUCCUCAGACCAGCAGCCCUCCAGGGUGUCCCACGAACAGUUUCGGGCUGCCUUGCAGCUGGUGGUCAGCCCAGGAGACCCCAGGGAAUACUUGGACAACUUUAUCAAAAUCGGGGAAGGAUCAACCGGUAUUGUGUGCAUUGCCACGGAGAAACACACAGGGAAGCAAGUGGCCGUGAAGAAAAUGGACCUCCGAAAGCAACAAAGACGAGAGCUGCUUUUUAAUGAGUUCGUGUGUCCACGAGUGUCCCGCAUCUCGGCCUUCCCAGAGGGACUGAGAGCCACCUCUGCAGCCCAGGGAUGGGCUAGGCAGAGAGGAACGAGAAUGAAUGAAGAACAGAUAGCUACCGUCUGUCUGUCAGUUCUGAGAGCCCUCUCCUACCUUCACCACCAAGGAGUGAUCCACAGGGACAUCAAGAGUGACUCCAUCCUCCUGACCAGUGAUGGCCGGAUAAAGUUAUCUGACUUUGGUUUCUGCGCUCAAGUUUCCAAAGAGGUGCCAAAGAGGAAGUCACUGGUUGGCACGCCAUACUGGAUGGCACCCGAGGUGAUAUCUAGACUACCUUAUGGGACAGAGGUGGACAUCUGGUCACUUGGGAUCAUGGUGAUAGAGAUGAUCGAUGGCGAGCCUCCCUACUUCAAUGAGCCUCCACUCCAGGCAAUGCAGAGGAUCCGGGACAGUUUACCUCCAAGAGUGAAGGACCUACACAAGUUUUCUUCAGUGCUGCGGGGAUUCCUAGACCUGAUGUUGGUGAGGGAGCCCUCUCAAAGAGCCACAGCCCAGGAACUCCUCGGACAUCCAUUCUUGAAACUGGCAGGUCCACCAUCUUGCAUUGUUCCCCUCAUGAGACAAUACAGGCAUCACUGAGCAGAGGAUUCACAUAGGUGAAAGCACUAGAUGAGGACAUGAGAAUAAUUCAGGAGAACAUGAAGAACCCAUGGACCACUGCAAAAGGCCUGUGCAUUCAAGACCCGCUUAUUGGUGGGACAGUGUGGUGACCGGCAGGGUUUGACAGACCAGGGCAUCUAAUUGUGUCUUAAACAGGCAUCUCUCCACUAACAGCUGGCGAGGUCAUUUGAAGCACGGCUUUACUAAGUCAUUAUAUUUUUCAGCCCUUCAUCCAGCAAAUCAGAAGGACUCAGUACAAACUCCGUUAUGAUAUAUCCUAGCCGCAAGCAGGGUAACACAUAGGAUUUUCUAUUUCAAAAGAGUACUUUUCUGUCAAAAAAAAAAAAGAAAGAAAGGAAAACAAAAAGCACUUUUUUCUUAAUGGUAGCAGUGUAAUGUAUUUUGCAAUGAAUUUGUAAUUUUUCUGUACGAUAGUUUUGAUAAUUUAUAGUACUUUGAUGUCACGUAGCCAUUGUAUCAGUUGAAGUAAUACUUGUUUCCUACCUAGCAGGAGUUUGAACAAAGCCUUUCCUACUUUUUUAUCCCUUUCAGAGAACCAACGACUCUUUAGAACCUUUGAAUACUGAAUGAAUCUCAAUCACCGUCAGCUUUAGUAGACUCUUUCUUAUUUUAACAAGUGUCUUAUAUGAUGGAAGAAGAAUUAAGAGUGAUGGUGAUGGUGGUGCACGUUUCAUUUACCCAACCAAAAACAUAAUAAAAUAAAAUUUAAGCCACAGUAUAACCACCAAACUACUCCUUGGGAUGAAGCUAAAUAAUUUGAAAAAUCUCAUUUUUCUUCAAAGCUACUAGUAGCAAACCAUUUGUUGCAUGGCAGGACGUUCCGCCUAGUGCACUCAAAUGGGUGUGGCAUCCCUUGUGGCCAAAUUUCCCUUCCAAGGAGCAAUUUCAGUGCUAGAAUCAUUGGACUUACCUCCCCAAAUUGAAUGUUUCAAAGAGGCCGUGAAAAUUCCAGUCUCACAAAAGGAAAGGAGAGAGAAUGGGGCAAGAUGUUUGGUUUCGUUUGUCGCUGUUCUGAAAACUGUAUGCUAGCACACCAAACUCUUGUCUAUUUACCUUUGUACUACAGUACUAACUGCUAUUGUUCAAGUAUCGUGCUGGAAGUCUGAACUGACUGUAGAGAAUGAGUUACCAAGGGGUUAUUUUACCAGGUAUGACCUGACUUCAGUUGUGACCAUGUUUCAGUGUGUUUCCGACAUAGGAGAGUUGUGCUGCUGUCUAGAUCUUCUUGAAUGUUGAUAAAAAAUGAAUGACUACUACAAUACAUUUUGUGUUGCUUGUUGGAUGAAUUUGCAUGUUAACUGUAGGCCACUAUAGAUUUGCCUUUAAAAUUCUGGAAGAGCUACAUAGUCAUCAUUAGUUCCUAUUAAUUGUGCAUCAAACAAAAGCCAUUUUUUACCAAACUGGAAAACCAGAGGCUUUUCUUAAUGACUUGAUAUACUGUAACAAAUAUGAAUUUAAAUUUGUGAACAUGCUCUGGUUGCUCUAAGCAUAAUUAAGAAUUUUUGUAAUGAAUAGGUUGCUAAUUAUUUAUUAUAGUUAAAAAAAAAAGGGGGGGGAAAAAAGGCAUAAAAUGACCUUCUACUGAUUAGAUUUUCAGUUUUCCCAAAACUGGAAAUGCCUCACCAUAAAUAAGAUCUAUAAGUUUGUUUCCUAAAACUCAGCAGAUCAAUGUUUUAUGUAAAAUAUUAAAAUACUAAUAGAUGUGUAAUAAACACAGUCUAAAUCCAGAAAAUUGCAGUUCUAAAAGUUCAUGAAACAGAUUACAUUAAUUAAAACAGGAUUCUGUAGAAGUAGAAAGCAAAAUAAAGGAAAAUCUUUUUUAACCAGAACAAAUAUUAAUAACCGUUGCAGAAAAUAGUGGAUUUUGGAUUCCAAACAUUUUUGACAGGGUAAUGGAAAUUUUUCUGUAAUUUUCUUAUCACUGGGUAUUUUUUAAAGCAUUCAUUGAGUUUACCAAAAGUUACUGUAGUUUAAAAGGUUUUGUGAGCGCUACCUACUGGCAGAAAACGCACUUGCAAAUAAAAAUAAAUGUUUGCCUUUUC